CUGUAUGUAGGAAGCUAGAAUUCGCAAGCCGCUAUAGUUGACUUAAUUGAGUGUUCGCCGAAAAUGGGCAUGAUGACUGCUAACAACAACAAUAAUAAUAAUAAUAACGAUAGUGAAAUUAAUAAUAAUGGGAGUGGUGUGGCCGCAAUAACAACAACGCCUGAACGGAGCACCGCCGUUGCAGCAGAGACCCCACAGGCGCCCGUUCACUCGGCUCAGAGUGUCACCGGGGAGGCGUUGGCAGCCUGCAUGACGACUGGAGAUGUGCUGUACAAGCAAAGUGCCAGUGAUUGGUAUGACGCUGAUGGUGAUGUCGCUGCUAUCGCAGCAGUUGCUGCAGAGUGUGAGCGUUUGCUCGCAGCUGCAACAGCUGAUAAAGACAYCGGUGAUGGGAAAGUGAAUACUGCCGAAAGCGUUGGAACUGAAAAAGCCUGCAUUAAUGCAACGUACAACAACAACGACGCGCAGUGCAUGUGCGAAACGGUURAGGGCGGCAUUUACGGUGACAAUGACACUGACUAUGCUGACUAUGACUUGGAUAGCGCCGAUGCAGAGGUAUUGAAUAGCAGUGCCGAAGUGACUCGUUCGAAGCUCGACUAYACUACUUCGUUUGCCUCCUAUGAUAGUCAUGUGCAUCAGUUGAAUCGCAGCCACCGGUGUAAUUCGCACGCAACAUUAAAGCUGUUGCGACAACAGCGGCAACAAAAUCAACAACAACAACAAAAACUGCAACAGCGCUACAGCGCCCAGCAAAAUUCGAGCUCUUUAAAGCUCAGCGCAUCCAAUGCGUCCAUUUGCUCGUCAACCACCUCAACCUGUCCUGCGUACAGCAUCGGUGAACCGUUAUACCAAUCUGUUGCAUUCGCAGACUAUGGCACUACGGGAGGUUGUACAAUAGAGACGCUCACCACUGGUGAGUCCGCUGAUGAAAGUGUGUUGCGGUAUUCCUUUAARGGCUAUCCGCCUGAAUUGUAUUCACCCCGCAAGGAGUUCAUCUACACGCGUCCACUGGUUGAGAAACAGCUUGUGAUUAAGAAGACUUGCGAGUGGUGGUUUUAUAAAAAUAAAUGCCGCAAUAUGUCCACGCAUUGGAAGCAGAAUGCAUUUCUCAUAUGCUGCGUGAUACUUUUCGGCCUUUUGCUGGGCUUGAUCAUUUGGUACCAGCCGGGGAGCAACGGCAGCAGCAGUCGGAAAGGUGCGCACACCAUCGCAGGUGUUUCAAACAAAUCAAAUACGUGGACGAGUAGUACAGCAUAUCCACCAGUUGUAGACUCGCCAGACAUUCAAACGAUUUUUAUAAAUCAUUCAUUUAUUGGCGACGAGCAGUGGACCGAAGAUGAGGAUAUUAAAGACGACAUUGGCGAUAUAAACAACAGCAUUCCGGAYGAUUUCACCAGUGAUUUUGUGACGCCGAGAAAGGUGUACAAUUCCAAACUAAGCGAAGAUGAUUUGCUCUACGAGUCAAAUCGCAAUAAAAGCAGCGUAACGAAUGGUUAUUAUUCAGCGUUCGAUGAAACGGGUACAUUUCGUAGUAAAUCUAGUCAAAUUUGGGAUCCACAUCCCGAAUAUAUAAUAAAUGCUUUCGGGCAUGAAUUGCAUUUGGUUUUAUAUCAGGACACAUCAUUCAUACCACCGCAAACAUUUAGUGUAAUUCGUAUACUUAACAAUAGAACCGAGGAAGAAGAAGAGGAAGACGAAGCAAGUGGCCAUUACUUGGGUUGCUACUACAAGGGCGUAGUGCAAGGUGACGACCAAUCGACGGUGUCCGUGUCGCUCUGCAAUGGCAUGACUGGUUACAUUAAAACAAGUUUCGGGUCGCUGCUCAUACAACCGGUCAAUCAGACCGGUGAUGGCGAUUCGGAGGUGUUGCACAAAGUGUGGCGUCAUUCGCGUCGUAAUGCCAGACACGCCGUCGCCGAUUCAUUCGACAUGGAUUUGAAAGAACUCGAAGAGAGUCUAUUCACGAGGUUGCAUCGUAAGAAGCGUAACUAUGUCGAUCGCCAUGUCUUCACGAUGGAAGUGCUGGUGGCGGUUGAUAAGACGAUGAGUGAGUUUCAUGGCAGCGAUUUGAAGUCAUAUAUAUUGACAUUGAUAUCGAUUGUUUCGAACAUAUACGCGGAUGCUAGCAUUGGCAACUCUAUUUAUAUAACUGURGCGAAUAUAUUGAUAUUACGCGACGAUCGCAGGAAAGCCACGUCGGCGUCUGCUAUGCUGAAGGACUUUUGUGGCGUCGUUUCGAAACAAGGGUACCAUUACGAUACAGCAAUGCUCAUUACACGCGAUCAAAUUUGCCGCAACGAAGGUGAGCCUUGCGACACUUUGGGUUUGGCUGAACUGGGCACUGUCUGCAAGAGACGAUCGUGCGCCAUAGUACAAGAUAACGGACUGCCAGCCGCAUUUACAAUUGCUCACGAAUUGGGUCACGUCUUAAACAUGCCACACGAUGAUGACGACCUCUGUAAACCAUUCAACCGACCAGGUACGAAGAGUAAAAUGCAUAUAAUGUCGAGUAUAAUGGGCAGUGACAUACAUCCGUGGUCGUGGUCUGACUGUUCGCGUAAUUAUGUCUCUGAAUUUUUAGAAAAAGAAGACAAAUCCUGCCUCGAAGACACACCCACGCAUUUCAUAAAGAAUUUCAACACCAAAUUGCCYGGCGAGAUAUACUCACUCAACCAUCAAUGCCAACUAAUACACGGCAACCAGUCGCGCUACUGUCGCAUCGACGGCGAAUGUAAGCGACUGUGGUGCAAGACGGACAGCAGCAGCAGUGACUGUCGCAGCAGCAAUCUGCCAUGGGCCGAUGGCACACCGUGCAACAACGAGCGCCACUGGUGUCAGAAGGGUGAGUGCGUGCCACGCGAGGGCAAAUCGCUGCAAGUGGUUCAAGGCGGUUGGGGUCCCUGGAGUGAAUUUACACCCUGCAGCCUGACGUGCGGCGGAGGCGUGCAGGAAUCACAGCGUGAAUGCAAUAAUCCUCUGCCGAAAAACGGUGGCAAGUACUGUGCGGGCAGCCGAAAGAAAUAUCGUUCGUGCAACACACACACAUGUCCACCCGGUACUUUAGAUUCACGUGAGCAGCAGUGCUACGAAAUGAAUGGUCGGAAUUUCUCUAGCAAAGGCAUUGCCCGCUCGGCGAAAUGGAUACCGAAGUAUGGACUGUCCUCGGCCGAGAAAUGCAAACUGUUUUGCCGCCUGGAAGACAAUAGCGCCUAUUUUAUGCUCGCGGACAAGGUGAAAGACGGCACCACAUGCUCGUUGGAUAGCUUCGACAAGUGUGUCAAUGGCAUUUGCCGGCCGGCAGGUUGUGACAAUGAAUUGAAUUCGCUGGCGAAAAUAGAUAGAUGUGGCGUUUGUGAGGGUCACAACGAAACCUGCCAAGAAUACACCGGCAACUUCUACGUCUCCGAUUUGUAUAAGACCAAGUCCGAGUUAUAUUAUUAUUAUGUGACAACCAUACCAAAAGGCGCCUCAAACAUAGUCAUUACUCAACCCGGUUAUCACGCUGAGAACUUCAUUGCACUGCGUGACGAUGAGGGCAAUUACAUACUCAAUGGGAAGAAUGUCAUCACCAGCUAUCAUAAUAUAAAAUUCUAUGCAGGCGUAACCAUCGAAUAUAAUGGCGCCGAAAAUUUAGUCGAGCAUAUCAACACCACUGUGGCACGUAAAAUGAAACGUGAUUUGGUUGUAGAGAUAAUUUCCAUAAGCAAAAGUGCACCGAAGGACAACGACUCAUUGUUACUCAGCUACACGUAUACCAUGGAUAAGCCGCUCCAUCAAUUGCCCGAAAUAGAAGUUGAGAUCUAUAAUUGGGAAAGGCAACCCUGGAGUAAUUGUGAUGCACUAUGCCAUGGCAGCUCACAUCGUUUGCCGGUUUGUGUGAGCACMACGAAAGCAUUGAAAGUGGCGCCACAAUUAUGCGAUGAGACAGCAAAGCCGCCAACUGAAUAUCGCCAAUGUAACACGGAUUGUGUGCUUUCGCUGAACGUGGCAAACAUUUCGGAGUGCUCAGCUUCGUGUGGCAUGUUGGGCACGCGUGAGAAAACUUACUAUUGCAUACAAACAUUCCCACAUAUCAGCCGCUCCAAUAUCGUGGACUUAUCGUAUUGCCUCUCGAAGUUCGAAUUUAGUCCACACGAGUCGUGUCGUGAGGGCUGUUGGGACUAUACCGAGUGGACGCCGUGCUCCAAGUCUUGUGGUACCGGCACACAGACGCGUGGUGUGGGUUGCAUGCUAAAUGGUACGCGCGUGAGUGAUAGUUUCUGUGAUCAGCGUAAGCGUGAUUCUUUCCGCGAUACAAUAAGAGCUUGUAAAACGGAGCCGUGUUAUUCGUACGAAGACAAUUUGGCUACACAGCGCUCAUAUGCCAGUUAUUGGUUCGCCGAUGAGUGGGGUGCAUGUGACGAUAAUUGUGAAAAGAAUCGUACAGUUACAUGCCGAAAUCCAAUGGGUUAUGGCUGUCCGAAAGAGCGACGACCCUUAUCGAAGCGUAAAUGUUGCAACAUCAAAUAUGUGUCCAAUUGGUCGAAUUGCUCCGUUGAAUGUGGUAAUGGUGUGCGCCAGAAAGAGAUUCAUUGCGCACGUGUAUACAAACCGGAGAUUAAAGGAACACCGCGACGACGCGUCAUCAUAGAUCCAUACCACUGUCGUCAUUUGCGCAAGCCAACGCCGAAGCGUAUGCAUAAGCCCUGCAAGAUCAGCUGUAAAUGGAACACUUCCGACUGGACGCAGUGUCCCGCCGACUGUCAUGAAGAAUAUCAAUCACGUUCUGUUUAUUGUGAGUCAGUGUUGGGCAAUCCGAUUGCAUAUCGCUACUGUGAUGCGCUGAAGAAGCCCCCAUCGAAGAAGAUCUGCAACAAUUGUGUUCGAAAGGAGUCGAAAAUUAUAACUCCUUGCAAUUGUGAUGGCUUCCGACGUCGUCGCAUCAUUUGCUACGAUUCGACGGGACGACGUAUUGUCUGCCCCACAAAAGAGCGAUUGAUUAAGGAGAAAUGUCCCCCUCCACGUGAAUGUAUGCCGCAGUCUUGUGAGGACGUGCGCCGCCUACUUCGCAACUAUCAGGACGAUGAAUAUACCAUAUAUGUGCGUUCACGCGCACGUCGAGUCUACUGUCAUAACAUGAGUAGCUCACCGAAAGAAUAUUUAACCGUUAAUCAUCUUGAAAACUAUUCCAUUUACUAUGAUUAUAAAACUUCCGAGCCGAACAAAUGUCCACCCGAGUCGAGAAAUCGAGAAUUUCGUGAUAACAGCACCAGUUCGGGACGUACGAACUUCCGUAAGAUACGURUAAAUCUGCCAGACUUACGUGUAAUCGAAAAUGAUUUUACGUUUGCGGAAACAGUCGGUACUCCACAAUUGUUUGGUUCCGCAGGCGAUUGUUACAAUCGUAACAAGGAAUGUCCGCAAGGCGACUUUUCGAUAAACUUGGAAAAAACCGGUUUCCACAUACGAGCCGGCGCGCGUUGGGACACUUUUGGUCACAGUGUAAUUAUGAAGGUAUCUAUACCGUUCGACACCUCUACSGUUUCACGUCGCGCUUUCUGCGGUGGCUAUUGUGGACGUUGCCAACUUUCGCAUGCCGGUCUGUACCUAGAUGUAUGAUCGCACAUCGGUUGAAACAACCUUAGUGUGGAUACAACUUUUUGUUGGGCUCACAAAACCGUUUGGUUCGUGGUCUUCACACCACCAGUUUUGUGGGCGUGGCAUCGGUAGUUAUGGUCGCAGGCGUGUCGUGAGCAUGCAGACUGACAAUGGAUAAGCAAAAUUUUAUGUGCCAUAGAAUGACUCGACGAUGUCAUCGCCCACUCUUAAGCCAACACAAACCCAGCAGCGACUACAAAGGCGAAGGCAAUAGACCAAAAUUAUACAGAAACACAGGAGAAACAAACACAAAGUACUUUUAAUAUUGUUGAAGUGGACGAACACCUAGUCGAMGAGCAGGCAAUGAACGAGUCCAACUACUGCUAGCGAAUUUUUAGACGUUUUAGAACAGAAGUAGAUCAGUAGAUCUCAAAGCGCUCAAAACGGCUGGUGUUCAGCCGAUAUUGUAAACUGCCAGCAACAAACUCACACAAAAAACUAGCAAUACAAACGAUCACUGAAUAAUUUAUGCGAAAAAACCAAAAUUUCGUUGCAACCCACAAAACUAAAAAUAAAAAUAAAACGCAUAAAUUCUCAGCUUUUGCCAAUUGUGGUAUAUACCAAUACGAGCGUAAAAUAUAUGUAUGUAAUAUUGUUCAUUCUUUCAGUUUAUUCUGGCACAAAACUUGAUUGGGAAAAAUUUUAUCCAUUUGGAAAAGUAUUAAUUAACAAAAUGAAAUUUGGCAACAAAAUUUAAAAUGAAAUAUUUUACUAUAUUCGURGAGAUAUAUGUAGUAUAAUGUGUUGACAAUUCGGAAGAGAUAAGAGUUUGCUAUUUCCAUAAAUUGUAACCCUUUGUUGAAAAUUGAAGCAAAUGUAUGUAAUAAUAUAUAUUAGGUAAAUAUGUAUGCAUGUAAGUACAGUUUACAAUAUAUGUAACUAUUUUAUAUUUAUGCGAUAGCUUUAUGUUCGAUGGUGAGUGAACGAAAAAGAAAAAGUAUUUAUUUUGAAAAGGAAAAGUAGUGUUAAGUCAAAGAAUCGCUGAAUUUUACAUAUUUCAAAGGCACCGUGUGUGUGUCAUACCGAUUUCUUAAUAAUGCAAUAGUCGUAUUUAAAAUCCGUAAAAGCUUUCGAAAUACACGAAUGGACUUCGCAAAAGUCGAAUUACUUAUAUAACCACGUUUAACCAGUUUAAAAUCACGCUUAAAUUUGUUCACGCAUUAACGCAAAAAAAUAAAACACACAUAUAAYGAAUUGCACAGUAUAUUCAUGAAAUCAGGAAGAAUUUUUUGRGCAAAACAACACAAAUAUUUAAGAAUUUUUAACAAACUCACUCAAAGCUAAAAUUAAAAAGAAUUGAAUUGUAAAAAAUAUCUGUAGAUAUGUAUGUAUGUAUAUCRACGUAAUGAGCCAUAUAUUUCAUAACUCAUUUGCAUUUAGUUGCUGCUUGCGUUGGAGCUGAAAACGUUUUAACUCAUAAAGAAACAACAACAAAUAAGUUUUUGUUAAUUACGCACAUAUCUCACAAUAGUAUGAAUAUGUAGUAUUUUUUAUAAAUAACAAAGGCAUGAACUUUUGGCAGGCACGCCUGUCUCUCUUUCAAAAAACAGUUUACCUUUUUUAUUACACAAAUCUAGUUUUUAUUAAAAUCAAAAUAGCCUAUUACAACAUAUGAGUUGAAAWUUGUUCGUUUGUUCGUUUUCUUUUUAAACUCCUUCCAAGCAGUUGCUUUAAAGUCAGAACAUUUGACUCGAAUAUUAUAUAAAUGUAGUUUAGUACUAGGUCACAAACUAUAUAAGUUUUUACUGUAAUUUAAAAGUUUAAUUAAAAUACGUAAAAAUGGUGCUUAUAAUUAUACAAAUAUUUUACUUCCAAAAACAAAAAACAACCAAAAAAAAAAAAAAACAUUAAAUAGAUCAUAGAGUUUAUAAACUUAUGUGCAAACGCUAUUUUCUGUGAAAGUAGACGUGCGUACGAAACGAUAAGGGCCAGUAUAUGCAAGGAGAGAUGUGCCACUUGCGCACAUUAACUUAUAUACUAUACUGCCAUGCUUGUACACUUAUGUAUAAAUAUUUAGAAAAACAAAUAUACUAUUUACACGCAUACUUUUGGCAUUUCUAGAAUUAAACUUUCUAAAUAUUCUCAACAAGUGCCCAUUCAUACCAAACGAUCAUGAAUUAAUAAAUAACUUUUGUAAAUGUAUUUUAGAAAUAAACAAAAAUACUCAUAAAUGUAAAAAAUUAAUGCCAACUACGAGAAGGGAAUACAAUUUUAGUGGGCAUAAACAAACAAAAACAAAAAGAACAAAUAACAAAAUGUUGGCUAAACUUAUUUACAUUGAACACAUUUCACAUUUCAUUAGGAAUUUUAAAAUUUGGCUUCUUCGGUGUCAAAAUUUGAGUGAAGGUCGCCAAAUCCAUUGAUCGCAGGUUCGAUA